CUCAGCCUCUCCCUGGUGGGUUGGCAUGGCCCAGUGAUGAACGGAGCGGUGGUGCCCGGUAGCCCGGAGCUUUCCUCCUCGUGCCCACUGCCUGACUGGAGAGAGUUCUGCGAGCUCCACGCUCGAGCCUCGGCUGCAGACUUCGCCGACAAGUUCCAGCGUUUCCUGUCGGAGAACCCGUGCUACGACUCACCCGGUGCUGAUGCCAACUUCUCACAGCAUUUUGCCAACCACUUCCUUGAGUGCUUCUCCGCGGCACUGACCCAGGCAAAGGAGAAACAAGCAUCCUCUCCUGGGAAGGACGGCUGCAACGCAACUCCAAAGUACAGCAUUGUUCCCUUCCUAGGAAUCCAGGGUUGCCCACUGUCUUACGGUCACGACCUCUACCAAAGGCGCAAGGACACUGGGGCUUCAAGUGAGUCUCUGGACAGCAUGGACAGUGGAGGGGGGGGGGUAGAUGGGGGCGGCAGUGGCACCAACUCCUCAAGGGGUCCACAGACCCACAAGAUGUCAGUUUUGGGACAGUCUCGAAGCUCAGAAGAUGUCUCUGUUAGCCACCCAAAGGCUCGUUUCAAGAAAGGCUUCUCCCUGAGGAACAUGAGUCUGUGUGUUGUGGACGGAGUGAAGGAGAUGUGGCACAGACGGGCCUCCCCCGAACCUGAUGCCCCCUCCGGAACCAGGAAGUCCAAUGGGGGAGGAGGGGAGGCAGGAGGAGGGGAGAAGUGGUCCCAGAAGCUGCGGCUCUCCCGGAGUUCCCUAGGCCACAAAGCAGAGCUGCUGGAGAUCCAGAGGGAGGGUGCGCUGAGAUACAUGGUGGCCGACGACACAAACUGUAUGGGUGCUUCGCAGUGGCAGAAGUGCCGCCUGCUUCUCAGGAAGACCAAGCGGGAGGAAGGAGGGGAGAAGUUCCUGCUGGAGUUCUACGUUCCUCCAAAGUGUUCGAAACCAAAGGUGAGCAUCCCUCUCUCAGCGAUCGUGGAGGUGAGGACCACCAUGCCACUGGAGAUGCCCGACAAAGACAACACAUUUGUCCUGAAGGUGGAAAAUGGGGGAGAAUACAUCCUGGAAACCAUCGACUCUCUGCAGAAAAAUUCCUGGGUUGCUGACAUCCAGGACUGCAUAGACCCCGGAGACAGCGGUGAUGACAUCGAGCUGGCGUCCUGUCCUCACGGUCAGGCCUCCAAAGACUGCUCGAUGGUGGCCUCUUGCAGCUGCGAGCUGCUUUCCGAGGGUGUGUACCGCGCUCCAGAAAGGUCCUGUCCCACAGCAGGAGAUCAUUACAGCACCCCAUCAGUGCGAUGCAGGGAGCCUCCUUUCACUCAGCACCCAUCACACAUGCCUUUAGAGCGCUUCCUGCAGUCCCCAGAGGCUCAGAGCUCCAACUCUUCUGCAGGUGGUGGUGAAGGAACGAAAGAGCCAGAGGGCGAUGCCAGCUUGGCAGGUUACCCUUGGUUUCAUGGUACUCUGUCCCGUGUUCGAGCGGCUCAGCUAGUGCUUGCGGGAGGGGCCAGGAGCCACGGGCUCUUUGUGAUUCGUCAGAGUGAGACGCGGCCGGGCGAGUACGUUCUCACCUUCAACUUUCAGGGCAAAGCCAAGCAUUUACGUUUGUCUGUUAAUGAGAAUGGGCAGUGCCACGUCCACCACUUGUGGUUCCACACUGUAACGGAUAUGCUGAGACACUUCCACGCCCACCCGAUUCCCCUGGAGUCCGGAGGAUCAGCUGACAUUACAUUACGCUCAUAUGUGCAGGUUCAGCGAAGCUCCACUGCAGAUGCGACCAUUACUCCGGUUUUCACUCCUCCCAGGGAUGCAUCCUGCAGGACGGAUCCAGCUCCGCCGACUCUUCACCCUCCUGGAACCGCUGCUCUUGCGGGGCCGCCAUCUGAUGGGCCCCUAUCCUCGAGCACCUCCUCCUCACCCACUGCCCUCCCAUCCCUCUCCCGGAGUGACCCCGGUACGGGGCUGGGCAUGGUGGGGGGGCUGCAGAGCCGAAGUAACAGCUCUGAACGCCUUCUAGAGGCCUCCAGUGGAGCGUCUGAGGAUUACCAUGAUGCUGAUGGGACCCGCAGAGCCCGUGCCGUGGAGAACCAGUACUCUUUUUACUAAACAACCCAAAACAGGGUUUGGCUUGUUUAUAUCUCGAAAACAUAAGGUGUCAUGGACCGCUCUGCACAUUAAAAAAAUGGUCCAAAUCAA